CGCGGAUGGGCCAUCGCGAGAAGGAGUACUCGGCGCUCGACCUCAAGGCCGGCGAGGUGCAGGUCGAGGUCUUUGUCGCUGGCGACGGCGUCAACUACCCGCGCAAGGGCCAAACGGUCGUUGUGCACUACACGGCCUACCUCCAAGAUGGCAAGAAAUUCGACUCGUCGCGCGACCGCGACAAGCCGUUCAAGUUUAAGCUCGGCGCCGAGCAAGUGAUUCCGGGCUUGGACGAAGGCAUCGAGCGGCUGUGCAUGAAGGAGCGCGCCAAGAUCUAUAUUCCUGCCGACAAGGCUACAGUGCCACCCAACACCAACCUCGUCUUUGACAUUGAGCUCGUGACGUUCAAGUGAGCAAUAAUCUCUCAAUUGAUCUCUCAAUUGAGUGUCAUGAUUCAAUCAAGAGUGUAUGUAUGCUAGUGCU